CGCAUAUCUAAACAAUUCUUCAGCUGCCUCUGUGAUAAAUGAACAAGUUGGAUCGCCAACACAAAGAUAUUCAGAGAGCUCAUCCCCAUCAAAGGCUAUUAUGAGCUAAUAAAACCUAUUACUGAACAAUGAUUGCUGAUGCCAACCAGCUGAAGACACUAUAUGAUGCCAAUGGUUACCUGAUAGCAAUACCGGUACUAAACAAGAAUGAAUUAGAUCUGGCUCGUAAAGAAUAUGAAAAACUCGAGGAAAAGUUUAGUAAGGAAUAUUGUCAGUUCAACCUGCACAACCUGCACAUGCAGUAUGAGUGGGUUAUGAAUCUGGCUGUCCAUCCCAAUGUGCUGAAAGCUAUCACUGCUAUACUGGGGCCUGAUGUCAUUCUGCUGGACUGUAGAUUUAUCUGUAAAUAUUCCUCAAGUGAUGUCCCACUCCAAGACAACAAAGCUCAGCAUGUUGCUUGGCAUCAGGACAUGAAAUAUUGGGGCAUUAAAGGAGGUGCUGUGGUUUCUGCCUGGAUUGCUUUUGAUGAUGUGGACAAGGAAAAUGGUGUCCUGCAAGUAAUUCCAGGGAGCAAUAAAAAAAGUGUUCUUGAGCACGGACCUGGAACUGUUACAACAGACAUGAUGAGAGCACAGCAACAGAUACCGAAUCACCUGGUGCAGGUAGAAGAAGCUGUUGAGUGUCCACUGAAAGCCGGAGAGAUGUCUGUGCAUGAUGGUCUGACCAUCCAUGCCAGUGAACCCAAUAUAUCCAACAGACAGGACCACAGCCCUGCCAACAGAAGACGAUGUGGAUUAGUCUUCCGUUAUAUUCCCACCUGUGCAUACCCUAUUGAGAAUACCGAAUAUCCCAGAAGUUUCCCUGCAGCAGUGCUGGUAGCUGGAAAAGAUGAAUUUCAGAAAUUUAAAAACAAUGCACCUAGCUUUUUUACCAAAACCUUUUGAUUUUCUUGGGGAAAAAAUAAAUAGAAGCAUCUAUAAAAAUAAUGAGAUGUGCUUGUGAGAUUGACAAGGACAUAAACGGGAAAAAAAAAAU